AUGACCACAUUGGGCCCUGAAUCCGGUAGCAUCCUCCAUGGAGUGGGUACGAGUACAAUAUGAUCGAUAGUACCUCGUAAGUGGGUCCCAUGGAACAUUGCGUCUUCCUUCUGGCACGUUCGUCGCGUAGUUUGUCCCCCGCCAACCAGCCAGCCAUGUGCGUCAAGUCGCGACAAUGACGUAAUGACGUCACAAGUUCACAUGCUGGAAGGUUUUAUUGCGCAAACGACGUCCCGUCCCUGGAAACACGAUUAAACAUAUAAACCAAGCUUUCCCUUCCAAGGUCGUCUUUCCUUCAAUAUCAUCUCUACCUUUGAAAUAACAUACUUUGUUUCUACAACGCUUCCUACCUACAACCUACAACCUACAUCAUCAACAACCACAACCACAAACAACACAUCCACAAUGACAUCCAACAACAACCCCACCUCGACCCUCCAAUCCGUCCAAGACCAAGUCAGCGGCGCCCUCCAAUCCGCCGUGGGCUCCAUCACCGGCAACCCCGCCGACAAACGCGAAGCCGAAGCCAAAAAAGCCACCGCGUCCGCCGAACACGACCUCUCCUCGUCCGUCGCGCGGGCCGGUCCCUUCUCCGCCACACCCUCCGGCGGCAUCGCGAAAGACGACCCGCAGCGCACAGAAGGGUCAUGGAACCAGACCGUGGGUGCGGGCAAAGAAGCGCUGGGCAACUUCAUCGGCGCAGAGGGCCUCAAGCGCGAGGGUAUCGAGCAGAAUCGCGCGGGGAAGGGGCAGGAGGCGCAGGGACAGUUGAGCGAUCUUGGAAAGGGCGUGCAUGAUAGGGUGGGGGGUACGGUGGGAGGCGCGAUUGCGGGGGUGUUGGGGAAUGAGGAGGGGAGGGCGGCGGCGCAGAGGCAGCAUGAUGAGGGGAAGGCGAGGCAGAGGGGCGUGGAGGCGGAUCUGCAGAAGGAGGAUGAGGCGAGGAGAUGAGAGGGUAGAGGUGGUGAGAGAGGAGGUGGGUGGUGAUGGAUGAUAUCCCCUUUUUUUUACCUUUGUGAAUGAGUGUGGUUAUGAGAAUUCGAAAUCUUCUUAGUUGAACGAUUGAUCGUCGUUGUUUGUGAAUGGACUGCGUGAGAUUAGUGACAGAAGAGACAUAAGAAGCAAAAC